CUAAAUUUGAAUGGUAGGCGUGAAAAGGUUGUGAUUAAAGAAAUGAGUAACUAUUCAGCGGAAGAAUUAAAUAGAAUCUUAAUGGUAAGUUUUGAUGUUUGUUAUGCCUCCGGAUUUAUAUAUAUCUCCGAAUUGCUCAUCAGUGUUCAGGAAUUGCAUAUAUCGAACCUGAUGGAUCGUAUCACAGAUGGCUGUGCUGUGUUACGUGUGAUGGCUGUACGCUUAAUCAAAUCGCCAUAUUUAGUCAUAUAUCCAUACAUUAAUUGUCGAUCAUACCCCGACUUCGCGUCGCAAUAUCCAUCGCAGCUGACUUCCUUCGACAAAAUCAAUGCAAGUGAAUCGAUAGCGAAAACAAUUGUCGACAUGCAUUCAUGCGGUAUUUUGCAUUGUAAUAUCGGUGCUCGCAAUAUUUUCGUGAGAAGAGAGAUUAUUCGAUCGAACUCAAACGAUCAACUUCUGCCCGAAUUCACCUUUUUACUAGGCGAUUUCCGAAAAGCCGUUAUCGCAAAAUCAAAAUCUGUCGAUCCCAUGAAGCCAGUAAAUUUACGCUGGCUUGCACCUGAGGUUUUCAAGACGAAGUGUUUAAAUUCGAGCACUGAUGUGUAUGCAUUUGGAAUGACUUUAUAUGAAAUUUUUACCGGGAAUGUACCGUAUUAUACGAGAACUGCUCAAGAGAUUCGCCGCAAAAUAAUUGCCGGAGAAUACUUUCGGCCAGCACUGAACAAGACGUUAAAUGAAGAUUUAUGCGAGUUAAUGCGAAAAUGUUGGUUGGAGGAAGCGAGUGAACGACCGUCAAUGAAGGAUGUUUGGAUGCAUUUAACGAGGAUUCAUGACUCGAUUAUUGAGACAAUCAUCAGUCCUUAA